AUGUUGCCAACCACUUCAAUGAAUUCCCGAUUACAGGGGAAUGGUGCUUUGAAUUCCAGGGAUGCAGCAAGGCACACAGCUGGAGCAAAAUGCUACAAGUAUCUCCAGAGGCUCUUCCAAUUCAGGCAGAUGGACUUUGAGUUUGCUGCCUGGCAGAUGCUCUAUCUUUUCACUUCCCCACAAAGAGUUUACAGAAACUUUCAUUACCGAAAGCAAACAAAGGAUCAGUGGGCAAGAGAUGAUCCUGCCUUCUUGGUAUUGCUGAGUAUCUGGCUCUGUGUGUCCACUAUAGGAUUUGGAUUUGUCCUGGAUAUGGGAUUUUUUGAAACCAGAAAGCUUCUCCUUCGGGUUGCUUGUGUAGGUGUUGGCCUUUUAAUAUCAACUGUGCUGUGGUUUAUCUCUAACAAGUACUUAGUGAAGCGACAGAGCAGGGACUAUGAUGUAGAAUGGGGAUAUGCCUUUGACGUUCAUUUGAAUGCUUUCUAUCCACUACUAGUCAUUCUACAUUUUAUCCAGCUUUUUUUCAUUAACUAUGUUAUCAUGACAGAUACAUUUAUUGGCUACUUUGUUGGAAAUACCUUAUGGUUGAUUUCUGUUGGUUAUUAUAUCUAUGUAACAUUCCUAGGAUACAGUGGGUUUAGUAUGAGAUAUUUGAAUUCACAACAACUUUUUUGA